UGCACUCUUGUCCUGUGCUUUGGCUUUCAGAGGACCAUUGAGGAGGAGAAGAAGAAGAAAAAGAAGGAGAAGAAAGGAGGAGUUUUUCUAGAUCUAAAGAGGUAAGAAGCAAGAAUGGUAGUAGAACAAAAGAAGUCAUUGUAUUCUUGGUGGUUCGACAGUCGCAAGAACCAAAAGCACUCUCCGUGGUUAUCAUCGGCUAUUUCGGAAUUAGAAGAGAAUAUAGAAAAGAUACUGAAGCUGAUCGAAGAAGAUGCCGACUCAUUUGCUCAGCGUGCGGAAAUGUAUUACAAGAAAAGACCGGAACUCAUAAACAUGAUUGAGGUUCUCUACCGAUCACAUCGGUCACUAGCUGAGCAAUAUGAUCAGCUGAAAUUCGAAGGAAGAUUGCAUCGAAUCACAUUGUUUAAUUCGCCUUUUUCUGAAAAAAGCUGGUCACUCAAACAAAGGGAUGAAUCAAGUAAAUCUUCGAGUGGUUCUUCGGUUACUGAUGAAUCUGAGGAGUCUGAAGUCGAUGAUCCGGAGCAAGACAGUGAAGAAGGAGAAGAAACACAAUUGAAUGCUGAUGACGAGAAGCUGAAGGCGGAGAAUGAGAGACUGAAAGCGGAGUUACUGCAGAAAGACGACGAAAAAAGAGAGGCCAUAAGACAGUUAUGUUUAUCGAUGAAUUUAGUUCGAGAAGAGAAUGAAUGUUUGAAGAAUUAUAUCAAACAAUCCAAGAAAUGGUCAUUCUUUGAUUUCAAGAAGAUUAAGAAGGGAGUUCUGACUAGGAAACUCUUUGGAGCUGAUCACUGAUGGAUUAACAGAAAAAUUAAGUAUGUUAUUAGUGCUAAAGGUUGAUCAUCAUAUGUUAUUAGAAAUUUAGAAUUAGUGUUGAUGCCUAUGUGAUUAUAGAAUGCAGUGAUGUUUUUUUUAAAUAAAUUCAUGGUUUGUUUCUUUUAAAAGUGAUAUAUAAUUAA